AUGUCUGAAAACAAGAAAGACGCGAUGGAAAUCGUCGAUAUUUUAUGCAACACGCAAAGUUAUGAGCAAGUUCUUGAUGAUGAUUUAAAUGCCAGAAGAGCAGAGGAACCGAAGCUUUUUGAAGAAAGGGAAAGAGUCGAGAGAGAGAUUAAAGAGUUGAAUCGUAAAAUACUUCGCUUAGAAAGCAGAAAAAAUCAUCUUAAUUGCGCUAUUGAGGACAAUCGUCAAAAAAUCCAACAAAUUGAAGAAGCAAAAGAAAAGCUAAAACACCUCAAUAAAUGA